CAAAACGGGGGCAAAUAAGCAACCCUCUCUGCCUCUUGUUUCGCUGAAACCUUUUCUUUCACUCCCUGCUCUGCCUCUCUGUUCUCUCUCACUCUCUCUAUCCAUGGAAAUCAGCUCAAAACCUCGCGAGCCCCAGAAUCCUUCUCCCAUACAGUCUCCCAGAAGCAUCCCUAGAUCUGAUUCCAAUCCUUACCCCACCACUUUCGUCCAUGCCGAUACUUCCUCCUUCAAGCACGUCGUUCAGAUGCUCACCGGCUCCUCCGAUUCCCUUCCUCCUCCUCCUCCGCCGUCCAAGACCUUCCCUAUCCCGCCAGUGAAGACCACGCCCAAGAAACAGGGCUUCAAGAACCUCAAGAACUCUCUCACCAUCAACACCUUCGCUCCCAGUUUCCCUCCCAAUUCUGGGUUUUCGUCUCGCAAGCCAGACAUUCUCUCUCCCAGCUUGCUCGAUUUUCCUUCCCUCUCUCUCAGCCCUGUCACGCCCUUGAACGAUGACGACGGCUCCGACCCCUUUGACAAGUCGUCGUCCUCGCCGCUCUUAACCUCCGCCUCGCUGUCUUCGUCGGAGGAGGAGGAGAGGGCCAUCGCCGAGAAGGGGUUUUAUUUGCACCCCUCGCCGUUGACCACUCCUAGAGACUCCGAGCCGCCGCUUCUGCCUCUGUUUCCGGUGACGUCGCCCAGAGUCUCUGAGUCGGAGUCUCCUUCUUGAACCUAUGAUUGUUUUCCCCCCUCUUGUUUGUUUACUGAUUUACAGAAUGAUUCGCGAGGUUUCUGACUUGCUUUCUUCCACAAGGUGCCAAACAUGACGGUAUAAUUCGAGUUUCUUUCUUCCAUGAAAUGCCAAAGCUCUCUCCUUCUUCUUCGUUGAUUCCCCUGCUUUUCUUGUCUUCUUCCUCGAGACAUCAUCUUUUGACUGCAAAGGAAGCAAACAAUGAAGCACGAUAACAUUUCGAAUUGUCCUAGAUUACUGCACAUAUUUUUUCUGACGGUACCACGUGCCUUGUCUCAUAAUAUAGCUAUGAAAUAAAUCCAAAUUCGGAGAGUCUAGUAGGUUGUUUGUAUGUGUCAUAUAUCUGUUUGAUGAAGAGGAGGUUAGACAGAGAUCGAUUCGAUGCAUAGAAGAAGAAGAAGAAGAGGAAGAUGGACUUUUCUUCUCAAGGACGAGCAUUCUCUUGAGAGUACAGUCCAAGAUAUCAGUUUUGUUUCUUCGUCUUUCGUUUUGACUCUUAUUGGAAUUAUUGGAAGCAAGACCAGGUCAGAUAGAUUUGUCUUGUCUGUAUCAAUUUGAAGUCAUUAUAAUUUUAAAUUGCAAUUAUAGAAUAGCAUGGACAUGGGAGCAAAGUUUUGGGAUCAACCGUGUAGAGGUGGCUAAUGUAAUUAUGGUUCAUAAUUUAAAAUUAUGAUGCUUAUGCAGUCAUUGUUGUUGUUUA